AUGUCCAUCUGCUCCAGUGACAGGAGCUAUGGCAGUCGUGUCUGCAUGCCCAGCACUUACAAUGGCUCCUCCUGGGAAGUGGAUGACUGCCCUGAGAGCUACUGCGAGCCCCCUUGCUGCACUUCCACCUGCUGUCAGCCCACCUGUGCACCCACUUGCUGUGCUCCAGCCCCCUGCCUAACCCUCAUCUGCACCCCCGUGAGCUGUGUGUCCAGCCCCUGCUGCCAGACAGACUGUGGGUCAAGCCCCUGCCAAUCAGCCUGCACCAGCUCCUGUGAGCCCUCCUGCUGCCAGCAGUCUAGCUGCCAGCCCUCAUGCUGCACUACCUCCCCCUGCCAGCAGCCCUGCUGUGUGCCUGUCUGUUGUAAGCCUGUGGGUUGCAAACCAGUCUGCUGCAAGCCUCUCUGCUGCAUUCCUGUCUGCUGUGGGGCCACCCCCUGCCAAUCCUCCUCAUGCUGCCAGCCUGCUCCCUGCACCCCCUCCUGCUGCAAACCCUCUUCCUGCAUGUCUCUCAUCUGCCAACCAGUGUGCAAGCCCGCCUGCUGUGUGUCCUCCUCCUCCUGCUGUGCCCCUGCCUUCUCUAGUGUGUCCUUGAUCUGCCGCCCCUUGUGCAAGCCUGCCUGCUGUGUCCCCUCAUCCUGCCAGAAUUCCUGCUGCUGA